UUUUGAGCUCAAGGAUAUAUAUUAUCUCAUUCGAAAGAGAAAGGAAGCUGGUCGAAGCUUUUGAGAAAAUUGCUGUAAUUAAGAUUAGUUAAGAUGGUGCGAGCCCCUUGCUGUGAGAAGAUGGGAUUAAAGAGGGGGCCAUGGACUUCUGAAGAAGAUAAGGUUUUAGUCUCCCAUAUCGAAAAGAAUGGCCAUGGGAAUUGGCGUGCGCUUCCAAAGCAAGCCGGUCUACUAAGAUGUGGGAAGAGUUGCCGGCUCCGGUGGACAAACUACUUGCGGCCAGAUAUCAAGAGAGGAAACUUCAGCAGAGAAGAAGAGGAAACUAUCAUUAAGUUGCAUGAAAUGCUAGGGAAUAGGUGGUCAGCAAUUGCAGCAAAAUUACCAGGACGAACUGAUAAUGAAAUAAAAAAUGUCUGGCACACCCACUUGAAGAAAAGACUCAAACAAAACCAGGCCAACACAGAAACCAUCCUACAAUCUACAAACUGUAAUUCCAAUUCCACAGACUUGGAUGUUCUUCCUUCACAUCAGGCUUAUGCAUCAAUGUCACCACAACCAUCUUCUAGUGAUUUUUCAUCGGUCACAGAUGCCUCCGUCACAACAAACAGCAUGAGCCAUGUUAAGGGUGAUGACAUGGACUUGUCGGAAAGUUUUCCUGAAAUUGACGAAAGUCUGUGGUCAGAACUACCUUUGGCAGAGACUACCACCAGCAAUAUGCUAUCGGAUUUAUUGGCAGUCACUGAUGAAUCACAAGCUCAAUCUCAGUUCAAUCCACUUGAAACAGUGGAAUUAGGCUAUAAUUACGAUUCGAUUAGUACUGAUGAUGACAUGGACUUUUGGUACAACCUUUUCAUUAGAGCUGGGGGUUCAGCAGAAUUAUCAGAAUUUUAAAAGUACUGGCCGGGUUUUAUUCGGCGGCUUGGAAAAUUUCGAAUAUCAUUAUUGUUCACGUUCUUUGACCGUUACAACAGCGAAAGAUCAGGAAUUUCCAGUGGGGGGCAGGCUUAUCUCCAAGCCCAAAAGCUUGACGGACUAAAAGCAGGUCGUGUUGAUGAAUUAUGAUGAAGACAAGGUAUAAAGAAAAGACACCAUGCUGGUGAUUCUAGUGCCAAUUUGAAGGGACGCGCGCGAACGGCAAAAGGACAAAAAAGCAAGAUUGACUUAGAAACAGCUAGGUGAAAUCAUAUAUAGGAGGACUUGAGGAGAGAUCGAUCAGGACGUACGUGCUCCGGCCAUUGAAAUAUUUUACAAUAUUUUCUAAUCUUAAUUUCAAUGAACAAAUAAUUUAUGUUUAUUCUGCAUCUUGAUUAAUUACCCUUUUCAGUUUUGUGAAAAGAUAUUGUCAUGUUAGUGAUCGAUGAUGACAGCAAUUAAUACUAGUGUCAAAUUUUAGAGGGCAUGGAAUCCAUACUUUCAGUGUAUCAGAA